UUUGGAUGGUUUGGGUUAACCAUAAACCAUCCAUAAACUCACAUUCAUCACAUUGUUCGUACAUGGUUCGUACGUAGCAGUCAAACGGUUACAAUAAACGCGUUCAUUUAUCGGUAUUUUUUUGUCUUUAUUGCUAACUAAAAGAUUACCACAUUUCGCGAGUUCAUCAUAAGUGUACAAAUUGCUUCAACAGUCACUUAACAGCAUGGACAGUCGUGUAUAAACACAUGGAUACGGGUGGUCCUGCCUUGAUAAUGCCUUAUUGCUACGCACCCGGAUGCAAUCAUGUUUCUACAAGAGAAUCCUGCAGUUUUUUUAAAUUUCCUGCCGACACAAAACUAUUCGAGGAGUGGAAAGCUCUUUGCCCACUCAAUGAAAAGGAUCCUACUAAUGAAGAUCAGUUGUGCAGUUGCCAUUUCAUUAAUGGUGAGAAGGAUAAUUUGCCAACUGUAUUUGCACAUAGUAAUAAAAGCAUUGAAUUCUCUGCUUCAUCCGGAACUAAUAUUGACAAGGCAACAUCAAAUAAUAUAAUGGAUCGGCAAACUACAGCAACAGAUGAAUGGGAGUGCAGGGCUUGUCUUGAGAAAGUUGGACAUUCCACAAGCUUGGUCAAUCUGUUUGAUGCUUGGUCAUCACCAUGGGACGGAAUGGCAAGUACUGUAGCUGAAGACCUCGCUAAAAUUGGACAUAUCAAGCUAUCAUCAAGUGACAAACAUUCAAAGCUAAUAUGUAACUCUUGUUACACAAAACUUCAGAGUGCGUGUACUUUUGCUGCAGUUGUACACAAAAGUGAUACAAUUCUUAGACAGCGCUAUCCUGAAGCAGACCUAGACCCGGGUGAUACCUCUGUUUGGCCGAAACCCAUUCAACUAGACCAAAAUAUAAACGAUAGUGUUUUCGAAACUCCUAUGGAUUUAGAAAUUAAACAAGAAGUUCUGUCGGAUAACGACUAUGGUGAGAAUGGUAAUGACUGUUCAGAUAUACAAUACAAGGAGUUAGCAGAUGCAGAAAUAAAAAUAGAGCCUGAGGAAUGGACAAAACAACAACCUAUUAUGAUUAAUGGUACAUUUUCCUACCACGAGGGCAAUGAGCAUUCUUCACUACCAAAUGGAAAUGAAAUGCUUGAGGAGUUUUUAGACGCACCUUUGAAAGAGGAACCCACUUGUGAGGUAGACUCGGAGCCUGUUCCCAAUGACCUUCCUCUGGAGUGUUUGCUGUGCGCCAAGACUUUCCACAGUGUGUCUGGGCUUAAGGCUCAUGUGAUAGCUGAACAUUCCUAUAAAUCGGUAAAAAGAAAAAUUGAGGGAAAACAGUCACCGCCAAAGAAGAAGGAUAAAUACGUGUGUUCAACCUGUAGGCGAAAUUUUGUAACAUCUACAGAUUUGAUGGUUCAUGAGACAUGCCACAACAAAUCCAUAUGCUACGGCUGCAACCAGAAGUUUGACUCCUUCGAACAGCUGUCCAGACAUAGAGUGCGCUGUAAAGUUAUCACUACAAAAAACCUACCGAAGCCGAAGACUCUGGACGAUGUGAAAAGGAUAAUAGCUGAAGAACACAAAUCGACGGAUGAUGAGGAUUUGCCCACGGAACAGCUCGAGUGUCACUUGUGCACAGAGAGGUUCAGUGACUUAUACUACAUGAGGAUCCACCAGGAGAUCCACCACAGCAGCGAGCCCGCGCCGGCCGCGCCGCCGCCCGACGGCGCGCAUCACAUGGACCCCGCCACUCUCGAGAGCAUCUUCAGUGAAGAUAAAUGAAACUCAAAUACUAGCUACUCCAUUGUCAUAACUCAACUAAAUUAUUGUAUAAGUGUCGUCAUUGAUAGUUGGCGGUUUCAAUUUUGCGUAAAGGACUAGUCUAAUUUAAGCUAUUGUUGGUUGUUGAUGUAUGGUUUGUAAGACUGCGCAUAUUCCGCGCAUCGUAUUAAUUAGGGUAAACGCAGCUAUUAACGCUCCAUCGAAAAUCGGAAGGUAUUACCGAUCUAAUAAGUAAUUCGGCAUUUAUCCGUUGCCACUAGUAACGUGAGGGUAGGUAGGUUAUUUUCUAAAAGCGUUUAUUUCUUGAGUAUAGGGUAGUGUUACAUUAGUUUGAGUGGUAGUUCGAGAAAUCAUAAUAAUACGUCAAUCAAGUCGUGGGUACCGAAGAAGAAGGACAUUCUAUACUGACGCUUGCACUUUCAGGUAAGGAUUUGACUUAUCUGGCUAAGACGUUUAUGUUAACAAUUGACUAUUUUACAUUUACUUUUGUUGUUAAUUAUAUUCAGUCAUUUAUAAAUUAUAGAUUGGUUAUCACGAUUUGUUAAAAAACAUCCAUUAACAUACAUAAAACAUGAAAUUAAAUUUGGGCGGUGAUAGCUUCAUCAGUUUUAGUAGUAGCAGCUAUCAACGACCCAUAGGUCGGUAAUGACUAUAACGUCAUGUUAAGUUUUUUCUUUCUUUUACAAUAUUAUUCUUUAGAAACAUAAGUAUGUUUAUAGAUUAUUUGAGACCCAAAUAAUAGUUUUUUUCAAAAAGCUAUUAACGACAUACACAUUUGUACUUAGUUUUCUUCUUUUGACGUUGUAAAGUUUACUAAAAUAACAAUAUUUUUGGAAAACGGAUAUUGUGUAAGACAUUGUUUGUGAAGGAGUUUUACCCAUAAAAACUGAUUUUAUGUCAAAAAUUUUGAAUAUCACGUAAUAACAAAGUGUUUAGUAGCCACAACAAUAAUAAAAUAACAAUAAAAAUGUUGUUUAAUAUGGGUCGGUCAUACAUUUUACGUUAGUGCUUACAUAUUCUUUCAACGACUCAUAGAAAUCGCUAUUACAAACUAUGAGAAGGUAUGACCGAUCGUUCCUAAAUAAGUAGGUUAUAAUAUCUAUCUAUAUAAUAUAAAGCUACAACCCGACUGACAUUUUUCCAAAAAUAGCCAGAAGGCCAGAAUAGCAUUAAAAUAUACAUCACAUAUUUUUAUAGUUGCAUUUGAAGUUGAUUGUCACGCUUUACACAGUAUAUCAAAAUUUUCCAAAAUGGUCAAGCAAUCGUUGAUCACUUUGUGGAGUAAAGCUUACAAUCCUGAUUGUUUUUUGAAUAACAGAUGUUUAAUCUUUGUCAUAAGAUUAAUGAUAUGUUGAUUAUUUCUAAGAAUGAAAAAUAAUUAGUUACGUUGUUUCUAAGCUUGAAUAAUACUGUUUUGUUUAAAAUAACACAAUAUAUAAUUGUUUUGAUUUGUGA